AUGCCGAUGGCAUGGAGGGCACUCGGAACACACAACCCACUCUCUAGUCUGACCCGUUUAAAAUCAACUAAGCUUCACGGUGCAGUUAUUGGUAUUGGUUUGGGUACCACCAACUCUGCGGUGGCUAUUAUGGAAGGUAACGUACCAAAGAUUAUCGAAAACGCGGGAGGUUCAAGAACUACUUUCUCUGUGGUGGCAUUCACUAAAGAUAGCAAAUGUUUGGUUGGUACACUAGCCAAACAUCAAUCCGUUAUAAACCCAGAAUACACUGUAUUUGCCUCCAAGCGGUUAAUUGGUCGCCGUUUCGAGGACGUUGAAGUUCAAAGAUAUAUUGAUGAAGUCACUUUCAAAAUUAUCAAGAACUCCAAUGGAGAUGCGUGGGUAGAAGUUAGAGGUCAAAAAUAUUCACCCGCCAAAAUAGCAAGUUUCAUUUUAAAUAAAUUAAAGAAAAAUGCUGAUGCUUAUUUGAGUAAGAACAUCAAAAAUGCUGUUGUUGCCGUUCCUGCAUACUUUAAUAGCGCCCAGAGACAGAUAUUGAACGAAUAG